CCACCAGAUGGCGGCUUAGGAUUGCUGCUCUUCUGAAAGGCGCGGUUCCACUCGCGGUCCAAUUUACAAUAAAAAAUCUUUAAGCUUUUAAAAAUAUUUUCGAUUUUUUAAUUUCUGAAAGUUGUAAACGGUACCGUAAUGGACAGCAAAGACUGCGGGGUAUGACCGGGUCGAGGCCACACUAGAGCACCAGAAGAGAAGCCCUUCCUGUAACUCUCCUGCGUUUGGUGAAGACCAGUCCCGCUCUUUGGAACACUUUGGGGAAAGAGACUUACCUGCACGGUGCUACAGUCCCACAGUGGGAGGCUGCUGAGAUCGCCUCACGAUGAUUACCUCAGAGCUGCCAGUUUUACAGGACCCCAGUAAUGAGUCGGGCCCGGCGGAGACGGUCAGCCUCAGCGUGAGCGUCAGCGAGCUGGACGACAGCGGGGAGAUCAAGGGCAAGAAGAAGAGGGGGAGGCCCGGGAGACCACCGACGGCCAAUAAGAAGCCUCGGAAGACCCCUGCGGAGAAGUCCCAGAUGGGACCCCCUCGGGGGCGGAAGGCCAACGGACUGCCCCAGCAGAACGGCGAGGGGGGCGACCCCGUAACCCUGUUCGAGGUGGUCAAGAUGGGAAAGAGCGCCAUGCAGUCUGUUGUUGAUGACUGGAUUGAGUCCUACAAGCAAGACCGAGAUAUAGCACUUCUCGACCUAAUCAACUUCUUCAUUCAGUGCUCUGGGUGUAAAGGCACUGUAAGAAUCGAGAUGUUUCGCAACAUGCAAAAUGCUGAAAUUAUCCGGAAAAUGACAGAGGAAUUUGACGAGGACAGCGGUGACUACCCCCUCACCAUGCCCGGGCCACAGUGGAAGAAGUUCCGCUACAACUUCUGCGAGUUCAUCGGGGUCCUGAUCCGGCAGUGCCAGUACAGCAUCAUCUACGACGAGUACAUGAUGGACACGGUCAUCUCGCUGCUCACAGGGCUGUCCGACUCCCAGGUCCGAGCCUUCAGGCACACCAGCACCCUGGCAGCCAUGAAGCUGAUGACGGCCCUGGUGAACGUGGCUCUGAACCUGAGCAUCAACCAGGACAACACGCAGAGGCAGUACGAGGCCGAGAGGAACAAGAUCGUGGGGAAGAGGGCCAACGAGAAGCUCGAGCUGCUGCUGCAGAAGAGGAAGGAGCUCCAGGAAAACCAGGACGAGAUCGAAAACAUGAUGAACUCCAUCUUCAAGGGCAUAUUCGUCCACCGCUACAGGGACGCCAUCGCGGAAAUUCGAGCCAUCUGUAUAGAGGAGAUCGGCAUGUGGAUGAAGAUGUACAGCGACGCCUUUCUGAACGACAGCUACCUGAAGUACGUCGGGUGGACUCUGCACGACCGGCAAGGUGAAGUGCGGUUGAAGUGCUUGAAAGCCCUCCAGAACCUCUACACAAACCGGGAGCUCUUUCCAAAGCUGGAGCUCUUCACCAACAGGUUCAAGGAUCGUAUUGUGUCGAUGACCCUCGACAAAGAGUAUGACGUAGCAGUGGAGGCCAUAAGACUGGUGACGCUAAUCCUGCAGGGGAGUGAGGACGCCCUGUCCAAUGAGGACUGCGAGAACGUCUACCACCUGGUCUACUCCGCCCACCGGCCAGUUGCCGUGGCGGCGGGAGAAUUCCUCCACCGGAAGUUGUUCAGCAGACACGACCCCCAGGCAGAGGAGGCCCUGGCCAAACGCAGAGGCAGAAACAGCCCCAAUGGAAACCUGAUCAGAAUGCUGGUGCUCUUCUUCCUGGAGAGUGAGCUGCACGAGCAUGCGGCCUACCUGGUGGACAGCCUGUGGGAGAGCUCCCAGGAGCUGCUGAAAGACUGGGAGUGCAUGGCAGAGCUUCUGCUGGAGGAACCUGUGCAGGGGGAGGAAGUGCUGUCGGACAGGCAGGAGAGUGCGCUGAUCGAGCUAAUGGUCUGCACGAUUCGGCAGGCAGCUGAAGCACACCCCCCUGUGGGACGGGGGACGGGGAAGAGGGUGCUGACGGCGAAGGAGAGGAAGACUCAGAUCGACGAUAAAAACAAACUGACGGAGCACUUCAUCAUGGCCCUGCCCAUGCUGCUGUCUAAGUACCAGGCAGACUCUGAGAAGGUGGCUAACCUCCUGCAGAUCCCCCAGUUCUUCGACCUGGACGUGUACAGCGCUGGCAGGAUGGAGAAGCACUUGGACGCCCUGCUGAAGCAGAUCAAGUUUGUGGUGGAGAAGCACACGGAGGCGGAGGUGCUGGAGGCCUGCAGCCGCACCUACAGCACGCUGUGCAGCGAGGAGUACACCAUCAUGAACCGCGUGGACAUCGCCCGCAGCCAGCUGGUGGACGAGAUGGUCGACCGCUUCUGCCACUCCGUGGAGGACCUGCUGCAGGAGGGCGAAGAAGCAGACGAUGACGACAUUUACAACGUCCUCUCUACUCUCAGGAGACUCACUGCGUUCCACAAUGCUCAUGACCUCACAAGGUGGGACCUCUUUGGAAACUGCUACAGGCUGCUGAAGACCGGAAUUGAACAAGGUUCCAUGCCUGAGCAGAUUGCAGUCCAGGCUCUUCAGUGCUCUCAUUAUGCCAUCCUGUGGCAGCUGGUGAAGAUCACGGAGGGUUCUCCGUCUAAGGAUGACCUUAUUGCACUAAGGAGGGUUGUCAAGUCUUUCCUGGCCGUGUGUCAGCAGUGCCUGUCCAAUGUCAACACCCCUGUAAAGGAGCAGGCUUUCAUGCUGCUCUGCGACCUCCUGAUGAUCUUCAGCCACCAGCUGACCUCGGGGGGCCGCGAGGGCCUGCAGCCGCUGGUCUUCAACCCCGACGGGCAGCUGCAGAACGAGCUGCUCACCUUCGUCCUCGACCACGUCUUCAUCGACCAGGACGAGGAGAACCAGAGCAUAGAGGGCGACGAGGAGGACGAGGCGAAUAAGAUCGAGGCCUUGCACAAGAGGAGGAACCUGCUGGCGGCCUUCAGCAAGCUCAUCAUCUACGACAUUGUGGACAUGCCUGCUGCUGCAGACAUCUUCAAGCACUACAUGAAGUACUACAAUGACUAUGGUGACAUCAUCAAAGAGACCCUGAGCAAGACGAGACAGACAGACAAGAUCCAGUGUGCCAAGACCCUCAUUCUGAGUCUGCAGCAGCUAUUCAACGAGCUUCUGCAGGACCAGGGGCCCAACCUGGACCGCACCUCGUCCCAUGUCAGCGGCAUCAAGGAGCUGGCCCGCCGCUUCGCCCUCACGUUCGGCCUGGACCAGAUCAAAACCCGCGAGGCUGUGGCCACGCUGCACAAGGAUGGAAUCGAAUUUGCCUUCAAGUAUCAGAACCCUAAAGGGGUGGAGUUUCCCCCUCCAAAUCUGGCCUUCCUGGAAGUUCUGAGCGAGUUCUCCUCCAAGUUGCUCCGUCAGGAUAAAAAGACUGUUCACUCGUACCUGGAGAAGUUCAUGACGGAGCAGAUGAUGGAGCGGAGGGAGGACGUGUGGCUGCCGCUCAUCUCCUACAGGAACUCGCUGCUGACGGGCGGAGACGAGGACCGGCUGUCCGUCACCAGCGGCAGCAGCAGCAGCAAGGCCGGCUCCAUCCGCAGCAAGAAGGGCCGGCCCCCGCUGCACAAGAAAAGGAUAGAGGAGGAGAGUGUGGAGGGGUCCUGGCUGAUGAGGAACGACACCCUGCCGACGCCCCAGCUCACCUCCACCGUCCUGAGGGAGAACCCCCGGCAGGCAGCCGAACACAUCCCCGACCAGGACUCCGAGCCGGGCUCCGAGUCCGACUACGUCCACAACCCCCAGAUGCAGAUGUCCUGGCUCGGGCAGCAGAAGCUGGACGAAGUGAACCGGAAGGACCGGACGGGGAUGAACUACAUGAAGGCGCGGAGUGGAGGGGUGCGGCAGACCGUCCGGGGUCUGAUGGAGGAUGACGCAGAGCCCAUCUUUGAGGAUGUAAUGAUGUCAUCCCGUGGGCAACUGGAGGACAUGAACGAGGAGUUUGAGGAUACCAUGGUGAUCGAUCUGCCUCCAUCCAGGAACAGACGAGAGAGAGCAGAACUGAGACCAGACUUCUUCGACUCGGCGGCCAUGAUAGAGGAUGAAUCGGGAUUCACCAUGCCCAUGUUCUGAGAAGAUGCAAAGUAGGGGGGGAAUGUUGGCUGAAAGAAGACAAAAAAAGGAUUAUGUUCGGAGCAAUGGGGCCUUCUAACUGUGAUUGCUUGAGAAAUGUAUUAGGGGAGGGGGGUGGACUUUUUGAACAAGAAAAGAUUCAUGAAAAACCUGUCAGUCUUAUCGCUCCAGUCGAGGAUAAAGAGGAUUGUCGUUGCCCUUUCGAUGAGCCCGGUGGCUUCACGUCUCCGUGGCUUAAGUUUGCCCAUCUUUCCCCCCUCAAGCAAACAAUACUGGUGCCACCCGCCCAAUAAACUCCCUCAAGGAUCAGUUUUAAACUUUACAUUUCUAAUUACAAAAAAAAGUUGUAUGUUUAAAAAAAAAAAAAAAAAAAAUUAACCAAGAAAAAAAAAAAAAAAGGAUUAAGAUUCAUGCCUGUUAGAAUUGCAGCAGUACUCCAUGUAUGGAUUCGCACUUGAUUUGGUUAACAUUGUGGUACACUUUAUUCUCUGAGGAAGUCAGGUACCAGGUGCCACUACCCCCCUAGUUUGAAGGUGUACAUUUAUUUGUGAUGUCCUCCACCACUGACUAGGCCACUGUACAGGUCAUUAGUUCAGUGUUGUGUCUGGUCUGGUCAAAAGGCAGUUUUGUUUUUGGGUAUUUGGGGUUAUUUUUUGUUUAUUUGUCUCCUUGUUUAUUACACAUGCAAAAAUAUCAGUGUGAUGUACAUCGUACAUAGAAACACUCAUUUUAACCACGCACACUGGCCCCCUCACGACUACGAAAACAGAAAAGGUCAUUUUGUGGUGGUAAGCGAUUAAAACACGGGUGUAUUGUGGUUUGUGGCAAGUUGCUUUCUCUUGCCAUACUUGCCUCCAAUGGCUGUGUCUGUGUGAAAGGGCACUAAGGCCCUGAUUCUCAACAAAUUUCUGAAACCGAUUUAAAUUUUAUCUUUACACGUCCAUAACGGUAAACUGUCUAAGUCUCAUUUUAGUCUAGGUCCGAAACCGUAUUACUGUGUACAGCUCAAAUUUAGGUCUCGAGUGUUUUCCGGUCAGCAACGCAAAUAAUGUAACCAGGAGUUUUUAAACAAAUUAAUAGUUUAAAAGAAAAAAAAGAAAAAAAAAAACAUAUUUUGAAUUUUAGUAGUUUAGUAUGAAGUUUUGAAUCAAGUGAGGUUUUUGUUCAAAUGUUUGUACAGUUCUAUUUCGACAGAUCUGUUGCCAAAUUGUGGACAGUGCGCUUUACCCUACCACCAGCUCCAAUCACGACAGAAAAUGUUGGGAAGCCAGGAUUGAGCGACGGCGGUCACUAGCUGGAUUUAAAGUGGUGGAAUUAUCAUGUCACCUGUGUAGUUCUGUGGGCAUAAUAGAAGCAGCAUGGUAGAGUCCAGCCACAGCAAACCUUGUGCUUCAGUCAUCAUGUUGUCAAAAAACAAGUUAUAUCGUAGACUGCACAACAACCGUUUCAUAUCUUAGGUACUUUUCAUGUGGGUGGGUCUAAAAUUCGGUUCCAAUGCGAUAGCUUUUAUAUUCCCAGUGUCUCCUUGAUUGGUUUUGUUAGUAAUCCUGUAAAUUGUACAUUUUCAAUAUUAAGACGUUUUUUUUUCUUUUGUACAACCUAAUGCGGAUGUAUCCCCUUCCCUUUAAUAAACUGUUCUAAAUCUUUUUUCUGUGAACAUAAAUUUGUUUUGAUUUUUUAAUUAAAUAAAAUCUGUAAUCUUGA